AUGAUGGAGAGCAUUCAUCAAGAGCUUUUCUCAUAAGAAACUCAUAAGAUUCGUCAAUCGGUAUCGUCGACGUCAAAGCUGCUAGAUAGACGUAGAAUCUGUUCGCAAUAUCCUCAUAAGGUGACACAGCCGAGAGAAGGCAACAAGCCACAGCUCGAUCCUCUUCUGACACCAUGGGCCGCUGCUGGAUUCGUGCCAUCACUAUCUGGCCAGACGCCAUAAGCGAUGAAAGACGUUGACUGUCCCUCAUCCGCUCGCACAGCUCAAAUACCAUUCGCAAUGUUUGUUUGA